AUGUCACAGGAUGACGAUUCUAAGUGUAGCAUGUCCUAUCAAUAUUUUAAAUGCGCAAAACCAUUGGAUUUUUCUUACAGGAAUCUUGUUUCACUUGAAGAGCUGAACGGAAACGAAAAGCCAUUGCCAUUGAGAGUACGGGGAGCGCCAAAGAAAAACCUAAAAAGCAACCGCUACAAAACAGGUUCAUUUUGGCUGAACAAAAACUAUUUGAAAAACGUCAAUGGUCUACGGAAUUUGGCUGAUCGUUUAUUCGAAAUGGCUGAUUACCUCUCGUGGUUAGAUUUGUCCGACAAUAAUCUAACAUCAAUCAGUGACGAAUUUCUGCUUUUUCCAAAUCUGUCGAUGUUGUACUUACACAGGAACGACAUUCAAGACUUUGUGGACACAUACAAACUACGGAAUCUGAAGAAAUUACGGACAUUGACGUUGCAUAACAAUCCUAUGUGCGAAAUUUCGUGUUAUCGGAGCACAGUUAUCCAUUUUUUGCCAAACAUCCGAAAACUGGACAAUGUGGUAGUGGUACGCUCGGAACGUGAAUACGAAAGAAAAUCGCUUGACAAGAACGUCCGUGCGCGCUUAACGAACGCGUAUCCGGAAGAUUUUCGUUGCCCAUUAGAUUCGACAAAAACGCGUUAAUAUCCGACGCUGUUUUUUGACAAUUCAUCUCGUUUGGCUGUAACAAAUGUAA